CCCCAUUUUUUUCAUCUAUUUAGCGGAAACGCAUCAACGCUGCUGUCACAGACAUUACGACACUUUAGUGGGAAAUAUUACGCACCCAACUGAUGCUUUUAUUUAAAUAUACGUAAUGACGAUCGUGUACAUCUUUCUAUAAAAACUCCCAGAUAAGAAGGUGGGUUUAACUUUUUUCAGAACAAACAGAUUCGGAUGAGUUUGAUUCACUGGAUAAGGCUGAAACAUUUCCCCAUAACGAAUUCAUUGCUGAUUCUUUGCACAAAAGUGUGUUCUUAAGGAGUUAGAGAUCCACAAGCUUCAGUCUGGUUUCAAGUGUCCAAGUAAAGUUCAUCUGAAAAUCUUCUAUUAAGCAAAGAUCAAGAUGCAGCCACUGGAGGACGACAAGCCCAAGAAGAAGGUGACCCUUUACCUCCUCUUCUGUGUUUCAACAGCAGCCAUUGGCUCACUGCAGUUUGGCUACAAUACUGGGGUCAUCAAUGCACCUGAGCAGAAACUACGGAACUUUUUCCAGAAUGUGUCCAUGGACCGGUACGGAGAGCCUUUUACCCCAGGAACAAACACUUUGCUGUGGAGCUUUGCUGUGGCCAUCUUUAGUGUGGGAGGCAUGAUUGGUUCCUUCUCUGUCGGGACCAUGGUCAACAUGUUUGGCAGGCGAAAGUCCAUGAUGAUUUCUAACAUCUUGGCUCUGCUGGGGGGUGCUUUGAUGGGACUGUCAUCUUUGAGUCAAUCUUUUGAGAUGGUCAUCAUUGGCCGGUUGAUCAUCGGUGUGUUCUGCGGUCUGUGCACAGGUCUGACACCCAUGUAUUUGGGUGAGAUCUCCCCCACUAAUCUCCGAGGAGCCUUUGGCACAUUGCAUCAGCUGGGUGUUGUUAUUGGCAUCCUGGUGGCACAGAUCUUUGGUCUGGAGUCUCUGCUGGGUUCAGAUCAUCUGUGGCCUGUGCUCCUCGCCCUGACUGCCCUGCCUGCUAUAGUGCAAGGCAUCAUGCUGCCCUUCUGCCCUGAAAGCCCCCGCUACCUCCUCAUUGUCCUCAACAAGGAGGAUGAGGCCAGAAAAGCACUUGUGCGCUUGCGUGGCACAGAAAAUGUGGACAAUGAUAUUCAGGAGAUGAAGGAGGAAGGGAUGAAGAUGGCCGUGGAGAAGAAAGUGACCGUCCUUGAACUCUUCCGCUCUCCAAACUAUCGCCAGCCAAUCGUUAUCGCUAUCAUCCUGCAGCUCUCUCAGCAACUGUCUGGCAUCAACGCUGUCUUCUACUACUCUACUGGCAUUUUUAAAACUGCCGAAGUAAGUCAGCCCAUCUAUGCCACCAUAGGUGCUGGUGUGGUCAACACUGUGUUUACCAUCGUCUCUCUGUUCCUGGUUGAGCGAGCAGGACGAAGGACAUUGCACUUGAUUGGACUGGCUGGAAUGGCCAUCAGUGCCUUGGUCAUGACUGUCUCUCUGUCUUUAGUGAGGACCAACCAGUCUCUAAAUUAUCUGGCUAUUGUGGCUGUGUUCAGCUUUGUUGCCAGUUUUGAGAUGGGUCCAGGUCCCAUUCCCUGGUUCAUUGUGGCUGAGCUCUUCUCCCAGGGCCCUCGACCUGCAGCCAUGGCCGUUUCUGGUUGUUCUAACUGGACUGCCAACUUCCUGGUGGGGCUGGGAUUCCCUAAACUAGAGGAACUUUGUGGCCCUUACGUCUUCCUCAUAUUUAUGGUUCUCCUGAUCCUUUUCUUCAUCUUUACCUACCUACGAGUCCCAGAGACAAAAGGGCGGACUUUUGAUGAUAUUGCACAGGGAUUCGCUGCCAGACCAGCUCACUCCCCAGUGCCUGAGGCAGUGGUCGUCGGACUGUCAGAGAACAAAGAACCUGUACCCAUGUCACCCAAAGAAAAUGUUCCCAUGGUGGAUUUUCCUCCACACAAAGAAUGAAUAUCCAUACAGAACAGAGGGAAGACAGACAUAUCUGUUUCACUGUAAGAAUAACACACCAUAACUCACAAACACUGGAGAAUAGCAGGACAUGUUUGGAAGAGGUCAACAGUGUUUACUGA